UUCCCUCCUCCUCUCUCACCACCCUCUCUCUCUCUCUCUCUCUCUCUCUCGACCAUUCCUUCUCUGUCGCCAUCCUUCCCGUCCAUUCUCUCUCUGUCGCUCCCCUUGAAUCCUUUCUCACUACUCUGUACUUCCAGCCAUUUGACAUACAUGAAAGAAGGAUCAAGAGGUGGUGGUGGUGGCAGCUGCGGAGGCCAAACUCUGUUCGCAGAAGCUGGCGGCGGACUCCCGCGCCCUUCCAAGGACUCAACCCUCAUGCAUUCCGAUCCCCUAAUCAAGUCCACCAGCGAGGAGGAGUUCCCCACCCGCCACAGCAACGGCUCCACCGCCAGCCCCGGUUACUCCUCCGACCACAGCGCCUCCACCACCGACACCCAGAACUCCUCCGCUGACAACUCUCCCUUCCACAUGUCGCCCUGGAACCACCAACCCGCCACCUCAUCUGCUUCCUCCGGCGGCCCUCUUCCGGGGGCGACCAACACCACCACAGACCUCUUCCCCUCGGGCACUGGCCUCGUCGGCUCCCUCGUCCGCGAGGAAGGCCACAUCUACUCCGUUGCUGCCAUCGGCGGCCUCCUGUAUACCGGAUCCGACAGCAAGAACAUCCGAGUGUGGAAGAACCAAAAGGAGUACGCGGGUUUCAAGUCGACUAGCGGCCUCGUGAAGGCCAUAGUCAUAUCCACCGACCACCGCAUCUUCACCGGCCACCAAGAUGGAAAGAUCCGGGUCUGGAAGGUCUCCCCCAAGAAUCCACGGGUCCACAAGCGCGUCGGAACGCUCCCUCGCUUCAAGGACCUGCUGAAGAGCUCCAUCAACCCAAGCAACUACGUCGAGGCCCGGCGGCGCCACCACCGGUCCGCUGUCUGGAUCCGGCACACCGACGCCGUGUCCUGUCUCUGCUUGAGCGAGGACCAGAGCUUGCUGUACUCGGGGUCGUGGGACCGGACGCUGAAGGUGUGGCGCGUGGAGGACUUGCGGUGCGUCGAGUCCGUGAACGCCCACGACGACGCCGUCAACGCGGUGGUGGUCGGGUUCAACGGGCUGGUUUUCACCGGCUCGGCGGACGGCACGGUGAAGGCGUGGAGGAGGGAGGAAUUGCCCAAGCCGACCGGGAAGAAGGGAGGGAAGAAGCAAGCCGGUCUGACGAGGCACCAGCCGGCGGUGACCCUGGUGCGGCAGGACAUGGCAGUGACGGCGCUGGCAAUCAACGUGGCAGCGGGGUUGAUGUACGGGGGAUCGUCCGACGGCGGGAUCAGCUGGUGGGACCGGGGAGGUGUGGGUGGGUCCGGCGGGUGCGGAGGGGUUCUCCGGGGGCACAAGGUGGCGGUGCUGUGCCUGGUGGCGGCGGGCAGCCUGUUGUUCAGUGGGUCCGCGGACAAGACGAUAUGCGUGUGGCGGCGGGAUGGGGGAGGCGGCCACGUGUGUAUGUCGAUGCUGACGGGGCACUCCGGACCCGUCAAGUGCCUGGCCGUGGAGGCCGACCUCGACGACUGCGGGGGAGGGAGGUGGGUGAUCUACAGUGGGAGCUUAGACAAGUCCGUCAAGGUGUGGAAGGUAGCGGAAUCAGCCGCGUCGGCAUCCGGUAAUCCGCAGCCACCGGCUCUGCGGUGGGACUCGGAAGGCGCUUCGGCCGACGACCAUGGCGCUCCACGCUACGAUUUGUACUAAUUGAAGCAGAAAACACCAUAACAUAAUACAACAGGGAAUUAAUGUGUGCACACAUGAACGUGGCAUAUAUGAUCAUGUAGGGUACUAUUUCAUGUGUAUUUUGUGUUUAAGAUUCUAAAUUUGAAGGGA